AACGGUUCGAGAAAGCGGCGGCGGUUGAUUCAAAUCCCGCUUCCGUCUGCAUUCGGUAUCCGUUUUUUCUUCGGAGAAGUUGAAAAUCGGAGGAUCAGUUAUAACGGAGUGAGUGACGGCGGGGAAAUGGAUGAUAGAGGUGGUGGAGGAGGAUCGUUUGUCGCGGUGCGGCGUAUUUCCCAGGGGCUCGAUCGAGGAAACGCGUGCCAUUCUACUUCUGUGGAAGUUGUGACAGGAUCUGCUGCAUGGCUAGGCAGAGGGCUUUCAUGUGUUUGUGUUCAAGGAAGAGACUGUGAUGCUCGCCCAUCAUUUGAUUUGACACCCGCACAGGAGGAAUGCUUGCAUAGGCUACAGAACCGGAUAGAUGUGAACUAUGAUAGUUCUGUUUCAGAACAUCAGGAAGCUUUAAGGGCUUUGUGGAGUGCUGCCUUUCCUGGAGAGGAACUCCAUGGAUUAAUAUCAGAGCAGUGGAAAGAAAUGGGUUGGCAGGGAAAAGAUCCAUCUACAGAUUUUAGGGGUGGUGGUUUCAUAUCGUUGGAAAAUUUGUUAUACUUUGCGAGAAACUUUCCAAAAUCGUUUCAAGAUCUACUUCAGAAGAAGGAAGGUGAUCGUGCAUUGUGGGAAUAUCCCUUUGCUGUAGCUGGUGUAAACAUCACAUUCAUGCUAAUUCAAAUGCUUGACCUUGAAGCAGUGAAACCCAGAACACUUGUGGGAGCCACCUUCUUGAAGUUUCUUGCUGAAAAUGAAUCAGCGUUUGAGCUUCUCUACUGUAUCACAUUCAAGCUAAUGGACAACCAGUGGCUCUCCAUGCAUGCAUCUUACAUGGAUUUCAAUGCUGUGAUGAAAGCCACUCGACGGCAGCUGGAGAGGGAGCUUCUGCAAGAAGAUGUUGCGAGUCUUGAAGACUUGCCUUCAUUCACCCUUCUCAGUUGCUAGUGUUUUUGGAAUAUACAAUACACCAUUAUAUGCAUAAUCAUGCAAAAGUCCUUACUUUGUCAUGUUCGUGUUUGGGUUUUU